AUGGCAAGGAAGAAGGUGAAGCUUGCUUAUAUCACUAAUGAUACUGCAAGGAGAGCAACAUUCAAGAAAAGAAGAAAGGGUUUGAUGAAGAAAGUCAGCGAAUUGAGCACUUUAUGUGGAGUUAGUGCUUGUGCAAUUGUGAAUGGACCAUAUGAUCGUCAACCAGAAAUAUGGCCAGAACAAUCCGAAGCACAUCGUGUACUGAUGCGGUUCAAGAGCUUGCCAGAGAUGGAUCAAAACAAGAAGCAACUGAACCAAGAAAGUUUCACUUAUAAUCGGAUUGGGAAGAUAAGCGAACAGUUCAAGAAACAACAACGAGAAAAUCGUUAUAUGGAGAUCACUGGGUUAUAUAAUCUUGCUAUUGCAGGUAAGUGUUCUAUAUCUGACGUUCUUCCGGGUGAUUUAGGCGAUUUGGCUUAUGUGCUUGAAGAAAAAAAGAAAGAAGUCCAACGCAGAUUAUCCGCACUUAAGAAAGCUUCAACACCAGUAGAACAAACUUCUCCUGCUAAUGCUAGUACUGCCAUAUCGAAUGCGCCAAAUGCUAGUGAUGCUAGUACUACUGCUAUCCCUAAUGCUAGUACCAAUAUUAUGAAUCCUAACGUUAAUGUUGGUGGUGCAUAUGGAUCUGGCGUAAAUGGUGGUACUGUGCCAGGAGGUGGUCUGUAUGGUGGAGUCGUCAACCAUCAUAAUCAAGAUGGCGGUGUUAAGAUCAAUGGUACUGGUGGACAAGAAUUCAUGACAUUGGAUCAAAUGAGGGCAUCUAUGGAAGCCUUACAAAGCCAACCGUGGUACAUGGAUGUAAUGAAACCACCUUCAAUUCCUCAGCCUGAUGAACAAAUGGCGAAUUAUCUUAACCUUGUUGGAGGAGAUCAAUACAACAAAAAUGAUAAUCAGAUGAUGGGAGGAGGAGGAGUUCCCCCACCAAUGCCAGCAGCAACUUAUUAUAAUGGAGGCAGCCUUGGAGAUGUUGUCAACAAUAGUAAUGCCUGGAUGAUGCCUCCCAAUAACUCUUAUGUUCCCAUGAACCACAUCGAUGCAUCCAGGAACAAUAUUUAG